AGAGAGUUUCCUGAUUUCUGUCUUGGACAACAGACCAACCCAUAAGGGCUGCCUCAACAUGAAGCUGGUGGUUCUAUUCAUGUUGGUCACCAUCCCCAUUUGCUGCUAUGCCAAUGGUACUUCUGGCUGCGGUAUUCUAGAUAAUAUUAUCAACGGUACAAUUAGCUCAUCUGUGUCUGAGGAUAAAUAUUUGGAAAUGGUUAAACCAUAUAUACUCCUACCUAGUACUAGAAGCGCUGUGAAAGAAUUCAAACAAUGUUUUCUAUCCCAGACGGAGGACACUCUGUCCAAUGUUGGCCUGAUGAUGGAAAUAAUAUUUAACAGCGAAGAGUGCCAACAGUCAUCAUAAGCCUCCACAAGACCUCUGGCUCACAGAACUGCAGAAAACUGGCAAUGGUCACACAAUUGAUACCGCAAAUCAUAACUUUUCUUUCUUGAUUCUUUAUUUCUACCUAUAAAGUGCAAGACAAUUGUUGAAACCUCACAUAUAUUUCUUUCCAUUU